AUGCCACAAGACGAAGCGCCACCGCCGCCGCCACCGUCUCUCGAUGGCUCUUCUGGCGCCCGCAGUCGCUCCCUGUCGCUCAAAUCAGCAGCAAUCGGUCCUUCUCGAACAAAUACUGAUGCUUCAGCCCUUAGGGAAGUGCGUCUCCGCAGUUAUUCGUCGUCCCGCGUCUCUUCUGCUGCGCCUGCUCUUGGUGUACCCAUUAGUGACGACGAUCCGCUCUCGCCCCAUACACGCCAAGAGAUGGAGAAGCAUUGCCAACAGAUGAACAAAGACAAGACACGUCGACGCAUAAGUACGAAUGCCACGUCCAGUCACGUCGGCAGUGCGUCGUUCGCUUCGAGCGUCGAGAGUCUCGAGUUCCAGCCACGGCCUGGAGCUCGACUCUACGAUCGACAGACGAAGCAUGUGGAUGAUUGGACGACUCGACUGUCUCCACACAGAGCGAUGCUCAGUCGCGUGGAUAGUCUAUUGGGCUCGCAGCCGCCGCUUGGGAGUGGACCAGCUGCCAGUGCUGGUGCUGCUACUACUUUCGAGUAUGGCGGAUCAUCGGUGAGGGUUGUAGGCUCUAGUGCCAAGUACUCGUCGCCUUUGAGCAGCGUGUCGCCGUCUGUGGCUCGACCGUUCCAUCAUCAUCGGGGAGAGGAAUCGAGAGAGCCGUCGAGCUGUGGGGCCGAGAUUCUCUAUAACUCGUCUAUUCGGCUGAGACUGAGUAGUCGACAGUGUCUGAGGAUAUCGGUGGUAAAAGACGGCGAUUCGCACCAACAGUCGGCGUCGCAUUUGCCGCCGAGGCCAGUUAUUGGAUCGAUGACAGGGGCGAGUCGGAACACGGGGAUCGCUCGCACUGCGAGGCAACCGUCUCUUGUGGAAAUUGAUGUGAGCGGCGAUGGACUGGACGGUGACGACGACCAGAUUUUUGUGCUGCAAAAUACGACAUUACGAUCAGACUGUGGAGAGGUCCAUUAUUCGGAUAUUGUGUCGUUGUACUGUGUGGGAGGAAGCUGCAAAGGACAGUUCUUGUCGGUGGAUGCAGCAACUCAAACUCUGACCACGAAGAGGGGGCCGGUGAUUUCUAACAGCGAGAAAUGGAGGAUCGUGAACCCUGCUGCUGAAGGUCGUGGGGACUACGCGGGAGGCGGCAAAGACUCCUUCGUGUCUGCUGACACUGCCAGUAGACUGUGGGAGCAACAGAAAGCAAUCGCAACGAGUGACAAAGUGAUGCUCAAGAUGAAUACGGCCGACCUCUAUGUCUCUGUACGCCCCGAUAACUUCGACACUGGAGGUAUAAACACCUCGUCCGUUGUGCUCAGCAAAGAGAAUGAUGGAAUCGAUGAUACAAUACAGGUCUGGAAAGUCACAAAGUCAAACCUGCCCUACGAUCCGGAAUGGAAUCGUGAACGCCCUUAUCUGACUGGUGAAGCCCUUGUGCUGCCGCAAGCGAAGCGGCAUCACGCUGAUGGUUAUGGUGAUUCGACAGUGCUGCCACUGUCCACGUACCCUCUGUCAGUGCAAGAAUCCAUCAUAGUCGAUGACUUGUUGUACGUGCUUCUCGGCGUGGAAGGCCGCUGCAUUAAACUUGCUACCACUGAGACUUGUGGUGUUGGUGCUGCCAAAUGCACGCGCUCGUUUAAAUUCGGGCUAAAUCAACCUGGAAUGGAUCCUUCUCUCCUGACCUUGGCAUCUCGGUGCUUGUCCCUGGGCGAGUUUUAUUUAGUGAUAAUGCUUUACAUUGAGCAGUAUUCUCGAUAUGAAUAUGGGCAGGUAAACCAUGCGCUGUGCGCGGCACUGAAAACGCUAUUAAAGGAGUACAGGAUAAUGGUGGGACAGCUCGAGCACCAGACAAGAAGUGCUGUGCCGUUCACCAUCCAGAAAUUGUGGUACAACGUGCAGCCAAGCUUGCGGACAUUGGAGAUGCUGAGUGUGUUGGUGAACGCUUGUCGCAAGACGAUUGGCGGUGGCUCAUUGCUCACACAAAUCCAGCGAACGAUGUCAUCUCUGGCGGGUGAUUUGAACGCGCGCAAGGUGUUCUCAUUUCUAAUGGAGCGCGCCAGUGUGCCGUACUUAAAGAUGGUUGAACGCUGGAUAUACCAUGGAGAUCUAGUAGAUCCUUACGAUGAGUUCAUGAUCCGACGGGAUGACCAAGUGAGCAAAGAAGAUGUUCAAGACAAUCCGUAUUCCACAUACUGGCAAAGCCGCUAUACAAUUCGUGCAUCACAGGUGCCGCUUUUCCUGUCGCGUGUAGCGCCAAAAAUCUUGACUGCGGGCAAGUACCUGAAUGUUUUUCGCACGUGCAAUCGCCAGGUAGAUUGCCCCUUUGCCGGUGAAAUCACGUUCUCAGCAAGCGAAUCGUUAUACGAAGAGCUGAUUGACAAGGCGCAUGCGUUCGCGAGCGAGAUGCUCUUGAAUCUGUUUGUGCGUGAAAAUGACCUCGAGAAUCGGUUGGCCUCGCUGAAACACUACUUCCUAAUGGACCAAGGCGACUUCUUUGUUGACUUUAUGGACGUCGCUGAAGAAGAACUGAAGCUACGUGCGGACAAAUUGUCGCUGCCUCGCUUGGAAUCUCUGCUUCACUUGUCACUCCAGACGUCAACUUGCUCUUCAGACCCGUACAAGGAUGACCUUCAAUGCUUCCUGUCACCGCAUAAUCUCAUUUCUCACAUGGAGGCGAUUCACCAGCGUGCGCAGAAAGGCCCUAGGGAUUCACUGACGACGUUCGAGUCUUCGACCAUAGGCCAGCCAGGUUACAAGGUAAUUGACGCGUUUACGCUUGACUACAACGUCAAGUGGCCUUUAUCACUCGUCAUCUCGUGCGGGGCGCUGACCAAGUACCAAAUGAUUUUCCGGCACAUAUUCUUCUGCAAGCAUGUGGAGCGCCAGCUUUGUGAUGCCUGGCUGAGUCACCAAGCAACAAAGGAGCUGUCACUGCGCUUUGCGUUCGGGCCGUCAUUUUGUUCGCGGCAGCGUAUGCUGCACUUUCAGCAGAAUUUGGUAUACUACAUGAUGUUCGAAGUCAUUUCUCCUCGAUGGCACGACUUCCAGCAGCAACUAGCAACUGCGGGCACUGUGGACGACAUUUUAGGGUUCCAGGGCGAGUUUCUUGAUGUCUGCUUGAAGGAGUGCUUAUUGACGGAUCCAGAGCUGCUGCGAGUGUUGACCCAGCUCAUGACAGUGUGCAUGACAUUUGCCAACAGCAUCGAAAGCUUCACACGGCCGUAUUUUCUGGAUGAAGAAACAAUCAAGGCUGAACGCGAGGCUGAGCGAGAUCGCCGGGCGGAGAAGAGGGCGCGUGAAGAAGCGGAAGUUGCUCUGGCGAGCUACCAGCGACAGAAGGGAACGUUUGGCGGAAAGAAGAAAGGCAGCGUGCUGAGGCGUCAGCAGUCCUCGCAGGUGGAUAUGCGGCGCACACGCAUUAAGGUCUUGUCCGACGACGUGAAGCGGGCAUUGACUGAACGCGAAGGCGACGAAGAAAACCCGUUCGUACGAAUGACGAACGAUUUGGGGACCCGGUUUGACUCGCUGCUUGGCGAGUUCAUGCAGCAGUUGCUACGAAGAUCGCUCUUGCAGCAAAAUUCGCACCUGUCGAAUCUGUGUACGCGAUUGGACUACAAUGGCUUUUACACCAAGUAA